AAAAGACAGUUACUUUACCCUAAUGCAAAUACAGACAAUAAUAAUAAUACAGAUAUAAAAUCCUUUGACUCAAUACACAACAGUAGUGUUGAGGGAAUAGGAGAAUCUGGUCAUAAAAAAAUGUGCCAUUACAUCUGAAGGGCCGUAAACUGGAGAACCCCCUCUCCUAGCGUGUUCUGAGGGUACAACCCAUAGGGAUAUUGCUGAAGUUCUGCAGCGUGUGUGUCUUAUCAGAGACCAGAUGAGGGACCAGCUGAGAGGCAUCCUCAGUUCCACAGAAGAAGGGUGAGAUAAGCCAAAACAUAUUAUUGUGGCCAUGAUAACUUGAAACUUGAUCUCUGCUCUUCAGGUGUUGUUUUUUCACAUGGUGAAAACUGGAAAGCGAUGCGGCGGUUCUCACUAAGCACAUUACGGGACUAUGGCAUGGGGAAAAGGUCCAUAGAGGACAGAAUUGUGGAAGAAUGCAGUGUCCUGAUUAAGACAUUUGAAUCUUACCAAGGACAACCUUUUGAAACCACCACAAUUAUUAAUGCCGCUGCUGCGAAUAUCAUAGUGUCCAUCCUACUAAACAAGCGAUUUGAAUACGAAGAUUCCACAUUUAGAAAGCUUCUGAAGUUGGUCAAUGAAAAUGUCCGGCUUUUUGGAAGCCCCUCUGUCAUGCUGUAUAAUAUAUUUCCUGCUCUUGGCUCGCUUUUGGGAGCCCGUAAAACUAUCCUUCACAACAGAGAUGAGAUCCAGGCCUUCAUAAAUGCCACCUUCAUACAACACCUCAGAGAUCUGGAUGAAAAUGACCAAAGGAGCUUCAUUGAUUCAUUUCUUCUGAGACAGCAAGAGGAGAAGGACAAGCUGAAUGGAUAUUUCAACACUGAAAACUUAAAAGCAGUUGUAAGGUCCAAGAAGAAAUUGCAAAGGUAGUUGGAUCUUCUCAACCAAGGAUUGAGCACCGAACGAAAAUGCCAUAUGUAGAUGCAGU